AUGUUUCAACUAAGUGCCGGAGAGAAUCCCAUACCAGAUUUUGAAGAAGCCUUAAGAGUGAAGAAAGUUGAUGAAAAUAACUACAUUGGAGCUCAUGCGUUAAGAUUACCAGUUAUAGGAGGUAGAGGUGUAUAUGGAGGACAUAUGAUUGCACAAUCGUUAUUAGUAGGUAUAGAAUCAACUAAAAAUGAAGAAACAGGAGAGUAUUUUAUACCUGAUCUGUAUCAUUCACAUUUCAUUAAUGCAGGAAACUAUAGAAUUCCAAUGGAAUAUAGAGUAAUUAAAUUAUUUGAUGACGGCAUUAUCAGUAAAAGAGCUGUGCUAGCUCAUCAAAAGGGUAAGAAUAGAAUUAAUUGUAUUAUAACAUUAAGAAAACAAGGUACGAAAACUCAACAUAAUCAUGACGAGUCUGUGUCACCACCAAAUUUUAUAAUAAAACAUCCAAAUCCAGAUGAAUUACGUCAAACACAUCAUACUGAUUUUGUAAGAAAUGCAUAUGAUGACGAUUUUUUAGAUUAUAGAAGAACUCCAGAAGAAAAAAAAUUAAAAAUAUCUGAUAGAUGGAUAACAUUAUUUACAGGUUUAAAAAAUAUACCUGAACCAGGAACUAAACCUGAAUUAAGAACGGAGAAAUUUUUUGAUGCAAUGGAUCAACCUCAUUCAAUUGAUAAAUUAAUUUUAUUACCAAAAAAUUCACAAUCAAUGAAAAAUCAUAUGUUUAAUUAUGUUGGAUUAGCUGAUAUUUCAGAUUCUGCAUUUAUUACUACAUUAGCUAGAGUCUUACAUACUUCAUUUGCACCUGCUUUAGAAAAAGGUGAACCAUAUGAUGAACAAAGAGAUGCUACACAUAUUAUAAAUUCAACAUUAAAUGCAAUGCAUAUAUUUCAUUAUAAUGCAAUGUCAUUAGAUCAUCAUAUUUAUUUUCAUAAUAAUGAGUAUGAUCCAACGGAUGGGUCAGCAUUUGAUGUUUGUAAAGAUUGGUUAACUUUGACUUAUCAAAUGAAAAGAUUGAACAAUAGUCGAUUAUUAUGUCGUGGAUAUAUAUUCAAUGAGAAUCAAAAAUGUAUUGCAACUAUAGUACAAGAAGGUUUGACUAUUUUAUUUGAUGGAGUAGGGAGUAGCGUUGAUCAAGCACAUUUAUAA